AUGGCACUGCAAGGAUCCUACAACGCCCAUGUUGUUUUUUGGGGCAUAUGCUGUUCGAGCUGGAUCCACCUCAAUUCUGGCACAAGCCGUCGGGAUUAUCUAAAUCCGCAUGGCCACCCUCCAUAUCCCAGUGUUCAAUUAGCAAACCGGCUUGUGGCAAGGUGUAUCCUCGUGAUUAUGGUCACCGUGAGCCUUGGGGGCCACAUGGUUCUAGAAAAUCCCGGAUCUUCAUUGAUUUGGCUUCACGACCGUUUUCAAUGGAUGCUGGAAACCCUUGCUUCUUUGGGGAUUAAGGUCUACCGCCAGGCUUUCUGGAUGUCCUUCUGGGGACACGACUAUAUGAAGAGGUUGUCCUUGGGGGUGGUGGUCAACCCCCUGGCGGGAGGAGCCCUGGCUGAAGAAAAUGCAUUUUGCCACCAGACUUCAGCGCCACCGCCACCACUACGAGCGGAGCCUGCGCCAGCUUUGCCGCCUGAUUCUUCUGGUCCUGGUGCUGACAGCUCGGUGCCAGCUUCGGGGGCCAGUCAGGAGAGUUCUUUCAUGGAGACCCAGGUGGAUGAAACCCCACUUCCCAAGAAACCUUCCUUCAUCGAUUUGGAGGAUGACGAUGAGAAAUUCUCUGAGGUGCCACAGGAUGCCCAGACUCCAUUUACUUAUCAGGCACGUACCCCGUACUAUUCCCCGCCGAAGGAUGGUGAUCAUGAUGACUCUCCCAUGGAGGAUACAUCCUCGAAGGGGGCCGAGGUUGAAGCCAGGGCCGACCCCUCCAAGGAGGAUGCCGUAGCCAAAACUCUAGAGUUUCCAAAUGAAGGGCCGCAUGAACCCGUCACCCAGGAGAAUGCCGUAGCCAAAGCUUUAGAGGUUGAAGGUGAAAAGCCACAUGAACCCGUCACUCAGAGAGCCGACAGGUUGGUUGCCCCAUACGUGAUCGCCAAACCCACCAAAAGGCCUGGGGUAGAAUUGAGCCAGGGUGCGAUCUACAAACGGAUGAACCGAAUUUUCACACCGAGAUCUGAUGGGACAUAUUUGGUGGAUGAAGAGUUUGUUCGCAAGUGGAAAAAUUUAGACACCCGUGACGAGCUCAACAUCUUAUUUGAGAAGUGCGACUACCAACCCGAACAAUUUAUUCGGCGAUGUCGCCGUAUCACGCAGGAGAUUGACGAAUCGUGCUUGGAUGUGGAACACCAGUUCCUGACUGUAGGGGAUAUGGAGGAGAAAGGGUACUCGCAGUCGAAAAUCGAUGGCAUCAAGGAGUUCUGCAAGCAAGAUGCUUCGCUGACCAAGAAGUCAAAGUACGGUGGCGGUGACAUGUAUUGGGUCGAAGUUGCCAUCAAAGGCAAUGAGAGGCAUAUCCGCCGCAAUCUCCUCGAGAAGGAGCUGCAGUGGGACGAGAAGGCGAAGGACAAGGAUGACCUUAGGACACUGGGCACAUCGUUGGCCAAUCCCACUGAGGCUUUGCGUGAUUUGGAUGAUUCGGCCGCUCAUGGGGCCGUUCCCAUGACCCCGGUUGCUGCUGUGAACACGGACAUCGUGAAGGCUUUGAGGCAAACAGGUUUUCCCGAUGUUGAAUCCAAAGCUACCCCGUCAUCUUUGGCAACAAAGGUCAUUGCCACCAUUCAAAAGAGGUUGAACAAAUUGGAGGAAAUGGCAGGGAAGAUCACAGAUGUUGCAGCACCUAGUCGAACGGACCUCAUGAAUAAGAUGCUGGAAAAGAUCGUCAACAUCAAGAAUCUCUUGAGCAGCCAGCUGGACACCCUGAACGAUCUCUACAGUAGGGGGAUUGAAAAUGAGAUGAAGGAGACCAUGCUCAGCGCCAGGAAGUCGAUCAUCUCUGAUUUUGAACGACUUCGCCAGAAGCGCCUCGCUGAUGAAGCUCGAAAUUCUGGUGUCGAACCUGACAAUGCUGAAAAUGGUCCGAUGAUGGAACACUGGGCAGAAGAAAUGGGCCUGGGUGCCACGGCCACUUCCAUUGCCCGAUCAGUUCAGGCUCGUCGAGAAGAGGUUCAUGGAAGUGCAGCCUCGAAAACGGAUGAUCGGGUCAAGUGGAACGCAACACGGAAUAUCACUCGCAUGCUGAACCGGGCCGGUAUGGCCAUAGAAGUACCAAGGGAAAUUUUGAAAUAUGAAAUUCAAGAUGGAUCUGUUAUUGAGCUCCCUGUUGUCAAGCCUGGUUCUUGGUUGCAAUUGAUUUUGAAAAAGUAUCCAGAGCUGCUCUUUCCUCAAAACAACAUGGAAGAGGAGCUGCAAGUGUUCUGGAACCAUUACAGGUUCAUCCAACCCAACCACGAAAUUUUCAAAUCACCACCGGAGCAGUUGAAACGAACAUUGCCGAUUUUAGUUCAUGGCGACGAAGGUCGGUAUUUGAAAAAAGGGAACUACCUCAUUGCGACCAUAGAGAUGAUGUUGGGGUCUACACCUACAAAGCUAAAAGAGUGCUGUUGUGAGGCCGACCCAGUGCUGGAGCGAUAUCCUGAGGUGCACAAUGAUGAAGGCAAUAUCUUCUCUAGAAGGGAAUGCGAAGUAGCAUCCAAACAGCUGGUAAACCUGAGUGGAAACUGCUUCUUGUCCAAAUACUUGCUGUUUGGCAUGGCUUCUCAACAAUACAAAGCUCAUCCUGACUUGGUCCACCAAGCCAUGGGUAUGGUGUCGGAGGAUUUGGCUUCGUUGCAUUCUGAAGGGUUUCGUGUGGGCGUUGGCCGCGACCUGGUGGGCUCAACUCUGGUGUCCCUUGCAUUGCUGGGGUAUUAUGAUUUUGACGAGGAUGAUACCCAGAAUUUGCCUGACAGACUUGACCGCUGUUCCGACUGUAUGCUGCUGACAUCCUUUUGCUGUUUCUCGUCAAUGUAG